AUGACGCAUUCAUUCAUCACCGAAACAAAACCACCAAUCUCCCCCGAGGAGCUUCGGUAUCGCGAGCCACCUGAUCUCGCUACAUUAAAAUUAUUGGACGUGGCUAAUAUCGUGUUUGCCAUACUAUACGCCGUGCCUGCUUCCCUUGUCGGUACCAUGGUUAGUGCACCUACUUUUCUACUGAAAUCGAAAUGGAUCCUCAUUGCGUUGAGAUGGUUGUCGAUCUCCUUAUCAACGGCCCCUUAUUAGCACAGCCUCUCCCCGGACCAUACUUUCUGGCCUAUCUAGCCAUCAUGUAUUCAUUUUCUUUUCCCUCAACUUUUCAAGGUGCUUGUACCUUGGGAAAUUGGAACGCAAGGAAGAACAACGUUUACUGAAUCUUGAAUCCGGCGAAUUCGAGAAGAGUGCCGAAAGCAAGGAAAUCUCUGCUGUUAAUGAACAUAACAAGUCAGAAGACGAGGUCAAGACUGCUCUCGACCCUCGGAAUCGAGAUUGCAACCAAACUACUAGGAAAAUCUACAUGUGGUAUAUACAUUUCAAUCUGGUCUAUGUUGUCUUGUGGCCGAUUCUUUUCUACGUUCGUGGCUUGUGGGGCCACGAAAGACUUGCUUUUGUCUUCUAG